UCACCAGCAUAAUUGAGCCCCGUCACUCGUCAAGGAGAGAAAAAAAAGACACAAUUCAAUUGGCGUUGCUCAGUCAUGGGAUUGAUGGAUUUCACCGCUCGAUACUGAUACGAGAUUUGGCCUUUGGCAUAGCUUUCUUCUUGACCUCGCAGCAAUCACUAUCAAGUUGACGGCAUUUACAGCUCCAGCUAUGCAGAAGCUGAGGGUGUAUGCGGCCUUGUGGCUGGUCAUGGUGACCGGCUCCCUUGCUCUGGGAGUUCACGGAUCCAUUCGAAGCAUCAUGUAUCUCACAGGACAACAUGUUGUCGUCCCGUCGGAUGAGUAUCUUGUGAAUUCCAUCACUCAUGUGAUUUUGGCAUUCAUGCGCUCAGAUGUCUUUAAUGUAAACAAGACACCGGCAGAUUUCCCCUUGUUUACAACAGUGGAUACAGUUCGACAGCAGUUCAACCCGGAUACCAAAAUCAUGGUGGCAAUUGGAGGCUGGGGAGACUCCAAAGGGUUCGAAGAGGCUGCACAUGACGACUCAUCAAGGAAGAGGUGGGCUACUCAAGUCAAAGCCAUGGUGGACCUUACAGGCGCCGACGGCGCCGAUAUUGACUGGGAAUAUCCGGGUGGAAACCGUGACGACUAUAAGCUUAUUCCCAAUUCACAACGCCGGUGGGAGAUUGAAGCAUUCGUCCUCCUCCUUGGAGAACUUCGCUCAGCUCUAGGGACAGGGAAAUUGCUGUCAAUUGCAGUGCCGGCUCUAGAACGGGAUCUGAUGGCCUUUACAAAUUCGACUAUUCCAACCAUUUCGAAACACGUUGAUUUCAUCAGUGUGAUGACUUACGAUAUGAUGAACCGACGUGAUACUGUUGUCAAGCAUCACAGUGGCGUGGCCGAGUCGUUGGAAGCAAUGAAGCGUUAUAUAGACCGCGGUGUACCUCCAAACAAAUUGAACUUCGGACUUGGCUAUUAUGUCAAGUGGUUCAUGACGGAAAAUUGCGACAAUCAGCACCCAUUGGGAUGUCGCACUCAAUUAUUGGAAGAUCCGACUAAUGGAGCCGACCUGGGUAGGACGGGUGCUUUCAGCUGGCAUGACGAGGUUCCGUCAGAACUGGCAAGUUCUUUUGCAAAAGCCCAAGCGCUGGGCGACUAUGGUGAUGAUGGAAGCUACGGGUAUUGGGAUGCUGAAGAGAAGAGGUGGUGGUCAUACGAUAGGCCAGAGACGAUCAAGACCAAGGUGCCUCGGCUUGUCGGCGAGCUGCGGCUUGGCGGAGUGUUUGCGUGGGGAUUGGGCGAGGAUGCUCCGCAGUUUAAUCAUCUGAGGGCGACUGUCGAGAGCGUCCAGGCCUUGAGCGGAGAUGAUAAUCAGAAAGACGAGCUAUAGAGCCUAUACAAGCACUAAAGCUGUUUUGAUGUCAUCCAGACCGGACCAACAAGUCUAUACGCACAACUUGGCGUUUCUGUUCCUGAAUCCCUCUUGAAAUCUUCGCCACGUGCGUGCAUCAGAGAACAUUGAGCUAUGAGCUAGAAAAUGUAACGCUCCGGCUAAAUUCUGCAUCACGGCC